CACCCUGUAGGCCGGUAGGCACUACGGCUACGGGCUACACCCGGUGGAGAAAACAAAAAUUAGAUUCCAUAAUAAAUAUAAACUUAAGAAACAAUAUAGUUUACAUAUGUGGUGUAUAAAAGACAAGCAGAGGAGUAGUCAGUAUUUUGGAUGAGUUUAGUGUUUGGACUCACCUCUGCAUGAAGUGGUACAGUCCCGUUAGUCUCAGUCCGUGAGUCCUGUUUACUGCUGCAGUUAGCGGACAACCUGAAUCACCAACAUGCGGAUAAACUGCACUUUACUAUAACACGGACUGUAUAAUGAACUUUUACCGGCUUGCUUUUUUACUGGGAGCCUUGGUGUGUGUGUGCGAUGGUGUGCAUGUCACAGUUCGGGAGAAGCAGCGUUUCGCGAUGCUCUUCCAGUCCGUGGUCCUCCCCUGUCAGUACCAGACGGCCUCCAACCAGCACCCCGUGGUGCAGUGGUGGUACAAGUCGUACUGCAGAGACCGAACCCGAGAUUCCUUCACCCUGCCGGAGAAGCUGGGCGUCCAGGGCUCCGAGCUCGGCCCCUCGUCCCACCUCGAGUGCUCCGACAGCGGGCGCACAGUCCGGGUCGUGGCCUCGGCGCAGGGGGCCUCCAUGACGCUGGCUGAGCACUACAAGGGCAGAGACAUCGCCAUCGUUAACAAAGCAGACCUGCGUAUCGGGGAGCUGCAGUGGGGCGACAGUGGAGUUUACUACUGUAAAGUCGUCAUUGCUGAUGAUCUGGAGGGGAAGAAUGAGGCCCAGCUGGAGUUACUGGUGCUUGGCAGGACAGGUCAGAAGGACGAUAUCCUACCUGAGUUUGAUGUGGAGAUUAUGCCAGAGUGGGUGUUUGUGGGAUCUGUAGUCCUGGGCAGUGUCUUGUUCCUCUUGUUGAUGGGGAUCUGCUGGUGCCAGUGUUGUCCUCACUCCUGCUGCUGCUACGUCAGCUGCUGCUGCUGCCCUGAAACCUGCUGCUGUCCACGACACCUAUAUGAAGCAGGGAAGAUGGCAAAGAGUGGACCUCCUCCUCCUCAGGUUCCUGUGUAUCCUUACUACAUCCCUGGUGUUCCUACUGUGGUUCCUCUUGCCCCUCCAUCCCAUGUGGAGCCACAGAUGGCCUCCAUCCCCUCAGUGGAGAAUAACCUGGCUGGAGCGCGCAGUGGUUAUCGACUGAAAGCCAGUCCACACCAGGACUCAAUGAAAGUUUUGUACUACGUAGAGAAGGAGCUGGCCAGCAGCCUCUCGGAGCUGAGUUCUCUUCACGACGGAGGCACGUCAGACUUCAGACACACCUACCAGACGGUGCAGAUGAAGGCGCUGCCGCCCAUCGCUGACCUGGACGGCCAAUCGCUGAGAGCGCCUGCACACACACACACACACAACCGUAGGAUGAGACGCGACCGACGCAACCUCUCAGACGACGAGCUCGACAGAAGGUGGAACCCGCCAUCAGAGCACCUGCAGAGGAAGACGUUGAGCAGAAGAGGACGGACCGGCUCUCUGGACGAGCUGGAGGACUUCGCCCAGUCUUACAACCCCCGCUCUCGUCCAGAACGGGGCUACGAGCACGACUACAGCCCCCCGAGGCGCUUCUACAGAGAGGAAGACGAGGGCUGGGGCCGCCGGAGCCCCUCGCCUUUAUCUCAGAAGAGACGGGACACUUGGGACAGCGAUCGGCCGUGUCCACCGCCAAAAAACAAAGGAUACGACGACACCUUACUCAGCAGUGUGUUGGACAGCAAGGCGAGAGGGAGGGGAGGGGACAGAGGGGACAGAGGGGCUUACAGGGCGGACGAGGACAGUGACACUCCCUCUAAAGGCAGCUCCAGAGGGAAAGGGAGCUUCUACAGCCGGUCCCCCAGCAACCGUCCAGAAGAGGAGGACACUCUUCCUCCGUACUCUGAGCGCGAGGCCGAGCGGUACCGCCGGGCCGACCCAAACGCGGACCGGUACCGCACUGUAGAGCCUCCCAGAGCAGAGAGAUACAAACCCAGUGAACCUAACAUGAGGCCUUUCUGUUACACCCGCCCCCCACAGGAUACGUCCCAAACACAGAGAGAGGAGAGGGAGAGGAGCCGAAACCUGAGCACUGCACUGAGCAGGGACACUCUGAUAGUGUGACGAGGUUUCCCAGCAUGCACCUGUCCGUUCAUUAAACCGUCCUGUUGCUGCUCUGCCAUCAGCCGCAUGAAGUCGGCCUCCUCUCAUUGACGAUAACUGCACUGAAAAUCAGCAGUAGUGGACGCUGAGAAAUGUGUACAAACCAGGACGUUGUUUACUUGUCAUGAAUUAUAUCUGAGUAUUUCUGCAUGUGUAGAAUACAGAUGAUAUGUAUGUGGUGUGUGUAUCAGUUAUAUUUGCGGAGUGAUUGGAUGUAUUCUGAAACCAUGUGCCAAGAUGUUUGUUUUAUUAUUAUUGUUUUUAUCUGCCAAGUUUUGAUCUGCAGGAAGCCACAGUCUUAUAUUUUCAUGCAGACUUCACACUCUUCAGUACACUGUGACUCAGGUUCACGUUGUAUGUGUGUGUUUGUCUGUUGUUGAUCUUGUACUGUAUGUAAGUGCUGUACCUUGAAUUUGUCCUGCAGAUUAAUUGCACUGCAUAAAUACUUUUUAAUAAAAAAAACUUUAAAAA